ACUUUCUGUUGAGUUUGUCAUUUCUAGCUAAGGCGUUCCGGGGCAAGUGAUAUCGAGAAGUGAAUGGGAAAGCAAGGAAAGAAACACCACGACCGUCGAAAUGGCCGUUCGAUGAGAAACGAAGACGACGACCCAUUGCCUUCCUCUGCGUAUGAUCCUGCCAUUUCAAUUCCCGAAUCUUCUUCACGUCUCGAGGAGGAGACAAUAAAAGAAGAUAAAUAUCAAGAGCUCCCAUUAGAUGGGCUUUCAAAAUUUGAUCUCUAUCAACAUUCUGUUCAGUCACCUAAAGGAGACAUCAGCUACAUUCAAAAGUUCUUCUGGACCUAUGUUGGAGGACGCUCACUUCUUCAUCUACAAGAGGAUUUCUGUGGAACUGCGUUUUUAAGUGCAGAGUGGCUGCGUAGUGACCCUCGACGGACAGUUGUUGGAGUGGACUUGGAUGUUGAAUCUCUAAAAUGGGGCCUGAAGCACAAUGUAGAUAAAGUUGGAGGUGAUGCCUACUCUAGAAUAUGUCUAUAUCAUGGAAAUGUAUUGAAUUCUCUGUCCAGUGCACAGCUUAUUAACUCCAGCUUACUGGAAGGAGAAAAUGACAAUUCACUAAGAAAUGCUGAGUUUGAGCCUAGCAAUGUGAUAGAAGAUGAUGCAGUUAGUCAUGUUAAAAACCUCAAACUUGAAAAUAAUGAGAAAAUUCAAGAAUAUCAGGGGAGAAAAGGCAGUUCAUGGCCAGCAGCAGAUGUCGUAUGUGCAUUUAACUAUAGUUGUUGUUGCCUUAAAAGUCGUUCUGACUUGGUGUUAUAUUUUAAGAAAGCUUUGAAUGCAAUAUCAAAUGAGGGUGGGAUAUUUGUAAUGGAUCUUUAUGGAGGUUCAUCUUCAGAGCAUGCACUGAAGUUUCGCAGAAGAUACGAAGAUUUUACAUACAUAUGGGAACAAGAGGAUUUUGAUAUCAUAUCUCGGACAACACGAAUAAGUCUUCAUUUUAAUCUCAAUAAGAUGCAGCGCAGUUAUCGCCAUGCCUUUACUUAUCACUGGCGAUUAUGGACCUUACCAGAAAUAAAAGAUUGCUUAGAAGAGGCCGGAUUUAGUUCUGUACAUUUUUGGAUUCGUGAAAUGCCAGAUAUACAAGGGGAGGAAAUGGAGGACUACGAUGUGAAUGAUAAUGUAAAGUAUGAAGAAGUUUCCAGCUUCAAGCAGCAGGGUGCUUGGAAUGCAUACAUUGUUGCUGUUACAAAUAAGGUUGAGAUGAGAUGAAGUUUUAGAUUUUUUGUUCUAUGUAAUUUGUGUUUCAGCAUUUUUUGCUUAGAUUUUGAGUUUUUGAUUUGUCAUCACUGGUAAUAAACAACAGAAAUAUUUGAGUUUUGCUUCUUCUUUGUUGAAAUGACCUAUAGAUGAUUGCAACUAUA